AUGAAGAAGGCAUCCCCGCAGCUGCUCGUGUCCCUCCCCCUCAUGCACAACCUUGCCUCGCUCAGCAUAUCGGAAAGCGAGUUUGUCUUUGACGACGACUUCGGCCUCUGCGGCGCAUUCGCAGCCCUUACUUCGCUCCGGGAGCUCCAUCUGCCAGCAGCGGGCGAGCACACGGUCCAGUUCCUGCAGGCUUCCCAAUCUACCUUCGUAACUGUCAACAUCUCAUUCCCUCCCGAAUAUGACGAAGAUGGGUUCUUCGACCCCUGCAUAACGCCGGAGGACGACUGGCCGCAGUAUCACCCCGCCGUCCUCCUCGCCAACUCGCGCCCGACUCUGCGGGACCUCGAAUGCGAACGCUGGUACACCCACCCCGAAAUCACGCCUGACCCUGGACUCGUCUAUCCGGAGAUGCGGCGGCUCCGCAUGGCGUCCGCGUCGAUGCCGCUGACUCUGCCAUUCGUCCGCGCCUACCCGAACCUCAGCUAUCUCUCUAUCCACACCGGCGAGAGCGACGAUGGCCACUGCUACGCGUCGGACAUACAGGGCUAUGCCGACCAUCGCCGGAAGAACAUGCUCGCACAGGCUCCGCUUGGCUGCUCGUGGGCGGAACUGGGAGAGUACUCUGGGUCUCUCGUCGACUUCUAUCUCCUCGGCUUGGAGGGCCUCAUGUCUUCCCUUGCUCACGCUCCUUUACGAUCUCUGGAAGUGACGAUCUUCUUGCCGCACAAACACCGGCAGAAUCAGUACAUGACGUCGGAUGAGUUGUUUGCUCUCGAGAUGGCUCAGGAGGACUCGGAUGACUUCGAGGAGGACGACGUCGAGGAGGAUGACGCCGAAGAGGACGUCCCCAACCCGUCGUCACCCCCGCCCGGCCCGACACGCCCUUCGCUAUCUAGUGCCGAGCACUCGGAGGACGAGUUUGAUGUAGAGGACUACGUGCGCAGGUUCAGGGCGCUCGUCCCUACGCUGGAGAAGGCGGUGGUGCGCCUCAUAUAA